AAUCCACAGGUAGGCACAAGAGGAAAAAACAGAAAGGACCACCUUCACUUCAGAUGCCCUGUCCAGGGCCGUAUUCACUUGGCACCAAAUGGAGGAGAACGAACUGAAACAGAGAGAGGGACGACCUGAUCUUGUCCAUUAAGUAACGCUUGUUUUCGUUCUCCAUUGCAAAACGUUUUGCUACACUGCAGUAAUGAAUACGACCCAGCAUCUAACCACACAGUUCCAGAUGGUUCUAUCAGAGAACAUGGCAGCCAUGGCCAACAGUUCACACCAGUGGUAUGACAGUCUGCAGCGCUGGCACCUGGAGCUCUUCCUGAUCCCCGCCUCCCUCCUCACCCUGGCCACCCUGCUGGCCAACCCCAUCCUCCUGGCCUGCAUCCUCUUCUCCCGUUCCCUGCGCCAGGAGACCCGCUACCUCCUCCUGGCCAACACCCUGGCCGCAGACAUGCUCUUCCUCUCCCUCAACCUUGUCACUGUAGUCUGUAAUACUUUGGGGGUAGCCAUGCUGAGGGUACUCUGUGAGCUGGUUUCGGCAGUGACCGCUGCGGCAUAUUGCUGCGCUGUGCUGACCGUCACACUAAAGGUGGUGGAUACAUACGUGGCGGUACGUUGGCCCCUCCACUACCACGACCUGCUCCCCCCGGCCCGUACACAAAAGAUCCUAGUCGGGGUCUGGCUGUUAGCCGCCAUGUACCCCCUCUCCCUGGUCAUCGUCAUGGAGGUGAUGGAGGACAACGCCCCACAGAGGUCAGAGGUGUGUCUCAUUCUCAUCUCCAUAGGCAAGAUGGACAGCGAGAUGAUGGAUGGCGUUCACAUCUACUUCACCAUGGGAGCCGUUGUCUGCACCCUGCUCAUCCUGUAUUGUUACGGUCGUCUCUACUGGGUCACCAAGACCCAGGGCAUCUGGCAGAGCCGCUACUCCCGAGCCCGGGUCACCCUCUUGGCCCACGGGGUUCUGCUCCUGCUCUACUUCAGCCCGGGCCUGGUCUUCACUGUGGAGCUGGUUCUGUACCAGCGCCAGGAGGUCAGCCAGGAUAUCCGCGUGUGGAUUAACACUGUCAAUAUGUGUAUACUGAUGCUACUGCCCAGGGCCUGUGCUCCCUACCUGUAUGGUCUGUGGUAUAGGGAUAUCUCUGAUACUCUGCUGGCGGUGCUGCACCGACGCAGGAGGCUUAGUCAGGUCACUGUGGCCUAG